AUCUUGUAACUAUGCUCUAUCUGUAAGAUUCACCCGGCUGAGUGCCUGACUCACCGACUCACUGAGCCACUCAUGUGACUUUCAAUACUACAUGUGCGUGAUUUUGUUUUUGAGGUUGAGCAACUCGCAACGUCACGUAAUUUUUAGAUACACGAUCUGAAAUAAACCGAUGCCUGCCCUUUCGUGCCGGUCACCUGCUUCAUCGGUACAUGGAUCCUGCAUGUCAAGAUCUGCGAUUUUUAAUAUUCUUCUUCAAUGGACGACACGCUUUACUUCGUGACUACAGCUUUUCUGCUCUCAGUCCUGAUCUGGUUGUUGAAUCCCUUCGGCAAGCUCUUAAACUUACUGAGGCACCUAUCGAAAGACGCCCAGGGAGAUAUUCCCGACGGAGUCCGACCCUUUAAGUUGAUCCCAGGUCCGAAAGGAUUGCCAUAUUUUGGGGAUGUUCUCAAUCAUAUUAAAGCGACCUCCAACUUCAGUCUACUUUUAAAGGAUCGCUUGGAAAACUUUGAGAAGUACGGCCCAAUUUUUAAGAGGACUGUCAUGGGACGAACCAUGGUCUUCCUCAAAAACCCAACCGAUGUAGAAGCUGUUUUCAGAGGCGAUGGAACGUAUCCGAUGCGACCUGAGACAACUUUCAGGGCUCUAAAGGAAUACAUGAUCAGCAAGAAACUUCCAGAGGGUUUGAGUACCCUACAGGGCGAGAAGUGGAGACGACUACGCAAAGCUUUAGCGCCCAAGAUGCUGCGUCCUAAAGGGAUACUUGAAAACCUGGACAAUUUUAAUGGAGUCGCUAGGGAUGCAAUAUCACAUAUGGCUUCAUUGCGAGGGAUUGGGGACGAGAUUCUAGAUCUUGAGGGGGAACUUUCAAAGUUUGCCACUGAAUCGAUAGGAACGAUGGCAUUUGAUGUAAGAGUUGGAUUGUAUGAUGACCCACCAAGCAAUGAAACUAAAAAAAUGCUGAAAAUGAUCAGAGCGAUCCUUGAUGGUUUUGCACUCUUCGGAAAUCUGAACAGCGGAUGGGAAGAACUUCUGUAUAAAUUUAUGAAGACACCAUCCUACAGAAAAUUUGUCGAAACUCAAGAUAUCCAGUUUUCCGUCAGCCAAGAGAUAAUUGACAGAAAGGUUAAAGAAUUGAACAAAAUGGUAGAAGAGGGUGAACAGUUUUCUGAAAAUCAAGCUGUUUCUAUGCUGUCCUAUCUCAUUAUGAAGGGUGACCUCACGCCGAAGGAGAUCAGCGUCAAUUCUAUUUUUAUGUUUAGGGCUGGUGUCGAAACGACCACAAAUGGAAUGCUUUGGAUCCUUUACGAUCUGGCCUGUAAUCCGAGGGUGCAGGAAAAGGUGUACGAAGAAGUGACCUCCUUGAUUGGACCCCAUGGAGAUUUCACCCCCGAGAGCUUUGCAAAGUUGGUGUACAUUAAAGCUUGUGUCAAAGAGAGUAUGAGAUUGCAUCCCGCUGCACACAUUUGGGCACGUGAUCUGACACAGGAUCUUGUUCUAUCCGGUUACAUGGUUCCUGCAGGGACCAUAGUCAUGUAUUCCAACUACCUUUCUGGGCGUUCUGAAGAGUUGUUUAAGCUUCCUUUGGAGUUUAGACCGGAACGUUGGUUAAACGAGGAUCUGGGAAAGAUUCAUCCAUUUGCCACUCUGCCGUUUGGAGUUGGAAGUCGGAUGUGUAUCGGGCGUCGCAUUGCAGAAGCCGAAAUAUAUCUUCUAACAGCAAAGGUGGUCCAGCGAUUCACUAUGGAAUAUCACGAUGAGCCAAUGGGGACAAAGCUUUCUUUCUUGGUUGUUCCUGAAAGGCCUCUGAAGAUAAAGUUUAUCGAUCGGGAAUAGUUUUCACGGACGUAUGGCCUUCAGGUAUCGUGGAUGAUUACAGCAGCAGAACAUUGCAGAUUAGUAGUAUACGGGGUCAUUAUGGUACACAGCAAAUCAGAGAAGAGGAUUAUGUGUAUAUCACGUAAUAAUAAUAAUUAUAAAUAAUAAUAAUAAUGUUUAUUUCUCAUAUUGCGCAGUCUAACAU